ACAAACCCGUAGUAGAGUAAGCGUGCUUAUGUUUCGCGCGUGCAUUCACGCGCCAUCCAUUUCCCCAUUCAACUGUUGUCUGAGCUCGAAGGCGAAGCGCAACUUCUGUCGCUCUUCAAUGGCCGCAUCCUCUGUUCGAAUCGCCGUCGUCGGUGAUGUGCAUGACUUCUGGAACUUCGAACAAGAUUCAAAGGCACUUCAGUUCUUGCAGGCAGAUUUGGUGCUGUUUACAGGUGAUUUUGGUGAUGAAAAUGUUGAAGUCGUUCAGAGUGUUGCAAAUCUUGAAUUUGCUAAAGCAGUUAUAUUAGGAAACCAUGAUUCCUGGUUUACAAAUCAGUUUUUGGAAAGCGAGAAGGAUAAAGUGCAGCUUCAGCUAGAAUGCCUAGGCAAGGAGCAUGUGGCUUAUCGACGCUUAGACUUCCCUCCAUUAAAAGUUAGUGUUGUUGGUGGACGGCCGUUUUCUGCCGGGGGCAAAUCACUAUUUCGAAAAAAGCUUCUUUCUGCAAGAUAUGGAAUCAAAGACUUGGAUGGGAGUGCUAUAAGAAUCCAGAAAGCUGCUCUUGGUACACCAGACGAUCAUUUUCUUAUACUUCUUGCACAUAAUGGACCCACAGGCCUUGGUUCUAGUUUGAAUGAUAUAUGUGGAAAAGAUUGGGAAUAUGGGAGUCAUGGUGAUCAUGGGGACCCAGAUCUAGCUCACGCAAUAUCCUUGCUUAAAGAGAACAAUCAAGUACCUAUUCCAUUGGUUGUGUUCGGUCACAUGCACAAAGAAUUGGCACAUGGCAAUGGCUUUAGGAAAAUGAUUGCGGUAGGCGCUGACAACACCAUAUACUUGAAUGGGGCCAUUGUUCCGAGGGUCAAAAGCUUACGUGAUGAAAGUGCUCUCUCAUCACCAGACGCAGAAGGUACAACAAGGGCCUUUACCUUAGUUGAGAUUUCAGAAGGAAGAGUUGUCAAGGUUGUAGAAAGUUGGAUCUCAGUUGUUGAAGGUAGGACCAAGUUAGAAGAAGAGCAUAUAUUAUAUGAAGGUAACUAGGAUCCCGGUCCUCCAAGUUUAAGUUAGGCUUCAGUCACAUGGUAUUUAAUGAAUAUGAUUGCUUUGAUACUGAUUCCUUCUCUAAAUGAAUAUAUACCGUAUUUAAUGUUAAUACAACAGUGUAGAAUUGGCACAUGCUUUGAUACUUAUUCCUUUUCUAGAUGGUGGUAAAGCAAAUAUUCAGAGUUCAUGUUAUUUAAUUCCUGUCUAGCAGAGAGGAUACCUGUUUCUUUUGCUUGUCCUUGCACAUUUGGACACAUGUUGAAUGAUGUGGGUGGGUCUAUUGGAUUGUCAAGGAUGUUCCAUUUGCCAUGGUAGUGCAUAUUCUAUCUAUUAUUCUAUUUAACCUGA